GCGUGCGCCUUUGCUCGUGUUCGCUCCCAUCCUAGGGACUCGGCAUUCGUCAUGGAAGCGCAUCCGGUCGCCGCCAGAGCCUCCGGCCGCCGGGUCCCUUGCAGCCGGGAGCGAUAAUCCCGUAGGGGCGGUCCCCGACCCCCGACCCCCGACCUCCGGCUCUGCCUCGCCGGGGGCGGCCUCACUGCCCCGCCCCCUGGGGGCGCUACCGAGGGGCGUCCGCCUCCCAUGCCGCUGCAGCGCGCAGACGUGCCCGGCGCCCGGCGCUGAAGGAAGCUCCGCUCCCAGGCUGCUGUCCGCGUCCUCGUGCGACCUCCUUCCUUCCCCGAAAAUGUGGCACAACGUCGGCCUGACGCUGCUUGUGUUCGUGGCCACGCUGCUGAUCGCCCUGCUGCUGAUGGUGUGCGGUUGGUAUUUUGUUUGGCAUCUAUUUUUGUCCAAAUUCAAGUUUCUGCGGGAACUGGUGGGAGACACAGGAUCCCAGGAGGGAGAUCAUGAGCCGUCAAGGUUGGAAGCAGAAGCAGACACUUCACCCUCUCAACACAGGAUCAGAUCCACGCGCCAAAGGAAGGCCCCUGCUGAGGACGGCCGCUGACCCCAGUGCGGCUCUUUGCUCUCCGAUGGUAAAGGCCGACUGGGAGCCUUUGUCUUUAGUGACUUGGUUUUAAAAUUUACUUAAAGAAGAACAUUUGUAUUUGGAUUAUAAGUUCAAUUACAAAAUUAUAUGUAAGCCAUAUAAAAUAAAGGGAAUUGAAACCAAAUUGGACCAUUUCAUCAUAAAAUAAUCUUUUAGCUUUACUAGUGUUCUACUCAUGUUCCUGGGCGCUCAGACUUUUUCUUGCACUGGUGCAAAUAUGGUAAACAUUACAGGAUUGAACACCCAUAUUUGAUUAGCCCUGAAAUGUAUGUUUUUAUGUUUUUUUCUUUACAUUUUAACUUGUCAUCGUAGCGUAGGCACCAGGUCAUAGCUUCUCAUAAUGCCAUCACUUGAACGGAGUUGUGUGUUGCUGAUAUCAGACCUGUCAGGUUUACUUUGCGCUUAAAAAUGUCUUCAAAAAGAUUGCCCUGUGAUUCAGCAGUGGAUCAAAAAGUCAUUGUGUGUCUGACAAGCAUGGAAACAGGGCAGCCUGGUGCACAUUUGACCAGCGUGUCCAAUAGCCGUCGCUUGAGGACUGACUGCAGUUCCACAUUCUUGGAAAGCAAUGACAGUGUUUUACAGGACCCGAGAAAGGAAGAUGCCCUCAAGUAAAUAAAGCUGUGCUGCACUUUGUCAGUGAGAUGCAUGCAGAAAGAUUGUCCCAUGUCAAGCGAUGCGUUGAAGGCAGGAGAAAUUACCAAAACCCUUGGAAUAGAUGAAAUAACAUUCAGAGCAACAAGUUGGUGUGACGGAUUUCAUGCGGCCAGCAGGCUGCCGCUAUGGUGCCGAGCAUCACUUUUCCCAGAGCUCCCUGCCGGCAUUAAAUAGCAGACAGUGGUAGAGCGCACACUUAGGCAAUACUGCAUCACCAGCCUGUGGGAUAGGGCGGCCGUGGAUGACUGAUUUGAAGAGUGAUUCAGAAGAGGAGGACUCGGAAUAUGAAAUGAUAGUUAUAACCUAGCCCUUUGGGUCAGUUUCAUUCUUGAAAGAGCUCUUUCAGUAAAUAUAAAUACACCUGCGGUGUAGUAAGAAAGCAUUGUGCUACAAUCAGUUGGCAGGGUUUUUCUUAGUAUCUAUGGUGCAUUUUAAACAAUUGAUAGCCCCUUAGAUUAGAUUAAAAAUGUUAUUUGUGAAUUCAGUUUUCUUUCUAGUAUAGCAAUUAUUUAUUGGGGAACAUAAUUCUGACUUAUUUGUUGCUAAAAUAAUUAUUUUCUAUGAAGUGUGCUUUUUUUUUACCCUCUGAGGUGAGGAGGUGACCUCUUUAGGAUUUUAGAGUAGUUAAUUUCAGAAUCAAAAAAACCCUAAAAAUGUGGGAGGAGCCGGGGCAAUUACUCCCUUUGUAUGGGAAAACUAUGUUCAAUGCGUGUGUGUCGUGGGGAAAGUAAAUUAUCCCAAGGAGCAAUUCAAUGAUUAGGACCUCCAAGGUACAUGGUAUUGAGGGGAAAAAUAGUGAGUGACAAUGCCCACUGAACUGAACUAAAGCAACCCUUGCCGGGUUUUCAUUGAUUGUCUUACCUGAACUCUGGACGGACUGUUUAAGAGCGAUGGGGAUUGGAAAACGUUCUAUUUAUUAGUUAAUGGCUCUUGAAGAAUGAAUUGCAAAGCCCAUUUAUUUUCUUAAUUGAAGGUCUUUAUGGUUUUUAACUUUCGUUUGCUCCAAGACUGGCCGCUGUAAAAUGGUGCCUCUGUUUCAUGAUGGUAUGCAGUUCUAUUUGAUACCUUGUACUUCGUGCUGAUGGUUUUGUUUACACAGUCACAGCUUACUUGAUCGGCCCCAAGUCGUAUUCCCAGCGGCAUCCCUUUCCUGUCAUGGUAGCUCUUUGGCUAUGCUAAGCGAAUUCAGAGAGCAUUAAUUUCAGUUUUAAAUAAUUUGUAGGGGGAAAUCCCUGGCAGCUCAGAGUCGGGACAGUCUUUAUUUCCUUUGGGGGCCAUUUUCUAUUUUUGUGUGAGUGAAGAUUAAUUAACAAAACUGACAUGAGUUCCAAGCAUUAAUUUUCACGCCUCAUAUUGGCUAAAUAUCACAUUAAAAUGAUAAUCGGUUGGGAAAAAUUAAUGCCUAGACAGUUACAUCUAAAUCGAGUCCAGCAUUUGGAGCCGUGCACUGCCUUACAGUGAGUAUAUCUUACAGGUAAUAAUACUUGCUGAGAACAUUCCAGCAGAACUUAGGUUCUGUCAGCAUUAAAGAGAGCAUGACUGACAUCCCUCCAAGUCGGCAAAGGGCCACCCCCAAAUUAUUGGAUGUGGAUUCAUGUAAAGGCGUACAUGUUGGUAUUGUGUAUAGGCUUUACACUUCUAAGACUGCCUUUUUAUGAAAAUUUAAAAUAUUUCAUGGUUAAUUUACUUGAGAAAUAUACCCCAAAAUGUAUUAAUGGCCCACAUUCACCAUACUUUAAUUUUCAACUAAGGAAGUUAAAAAGGUCACAUAGCAAUAGGAAAACCCUGCAAGUUAAUUCACUUUUUAAAAACUCGGUUGUGUUUGUGAACAGUGGCCCGUACCUUUUUCAUGUUGUUGAGUGCUUUUGCAGUGAGCUUGUUAGAACUAGGUCAGAAGUGCAUUUUCAGUCUCUCAGUACACGGGCUACCCUGUGUAUACUAUUAACUUUUUUAUGAGCAUUAAAAACAAAGUAUUAGUCUUAUCUGAAUCCUCACAAAGAAUGAUGGAUGGAGUAAGUAUAUCACUGUGGAGGCUUCAGUCUGAAAUUGAGGACCCUAAUAAAUGGUUUCAUUUUCUUCCCAACCAACCCUUCCCAUGUCGCUCUCUUAUGCUUUGAACUCUGUGAAAAUUGCCAGUGCGGUUAUACUGGUAGCAUUGGGCUCAUUUAAGUGCCAAAGAAGCGCAACUCUUGUCUGACUUAUGUGGGUUUCUAAUGUGCAUACCAAGCUAAAAAUAGAAUUCACGUAAUGGGUUUUGUAAUAAUGUUUCUAGUGAGAACAUGAAAUACCUUGUUACGGGUAGACAACUAGUUCAUACAUUUGCUGACCCAGUUCUUCAGAUGCUUAAGGUUUAAGAACAAUGUCAAGAUGUUACUUUACCGAACAUAUAGAGUACUAAGUGAUGGUUUCACAAAAUUGGGGCAUUUUAAACCAAAAUGUGUUGAAAGAUUGGAAAGUAGUGCAUUUUUAAGAGUGACAAGUUUUGAAAUUAGUUUACAUCAGUGAUGCAAUCUUUUUAAGUCAAAUUUUCUUAAAAGCUGUGUUUUAAUGUACUAUGUAACCAGUAUCACUUUAGCCUUUGGUAAAUUCCAAGUGCUUUUGUACAGGAAGUUCACCUUUAAAAGCCACUGAGCAGUGCUUGGUUUGUAGGUUUUCAAGAAACGAAUGGAAUAGUGUUUUGUCUUGGAGUUUAGAACUCCAGCUCCUUUUGUCUGCUUUUCAAGUGUCUUGUCGUUUUCAACGUAGAACACAAAGGAGAACAUUUUCCACUUGCUCUAAUGUACAUGUGCCGCUUGCUCCAUAAGAAUGUUGGGCGUUACUCUCCGGGCUGGUUCUCUGCACAGCCACCCACCAAAGUCUGCUGCGUGGGUGUCCCUGAAGAGCACACCUGUGCUGUGCUCCCAGCGCAUUUUCAUCUUGCUGCUUGACAAAUGGGCUUAUGAAGAAUUCGACGCGCCCAUGUGUUGCUAGUUCCUUUGUAUAAGAAGAUGUAACUGUAAAGAUGAGGGAUGUGUGUAAAACGAUCACUUGCCUCUCAACGAUUUUUAUUUUAAAGAUGGUUGAUUCUAUAUCUAAAGCGUCUGUUUUGUAUUGUUUUAACUUCUUUAAACUACACCGAAUAAAUUAUAAUGAAGA